AACAAGAUGUCUCAGCUCUUAAAAAGCAUUGUCACCGUAAUUGAUGUCUUCUACAAUUAUUGUGGCCAGGAUGAGGAAUGUGACACAUUGUGCAAAAAGGAACUUCAGGAACUUUUGAAUAAAGAGAUGGGUCCACUUUUGAAGAAUCCCAACAAUCCUGAUACUGUGGAUGUCUUCAUGCAAAUCUUAGACAGGGAUCAUGACAGAAGAGUGGACUUUACUGAAUAUCUGCUGAUGGUAUUCAAGUUGACCAUGGCCUGCAAUAAAUCUGUCGUCAAUGAAUAUUGCCAUGCUUCAGGGUCAAAGCAGAAACACCAAGGUCAUCAUCACCAGGAGGCACAGAAUAAAUCAGAGGAAGAGGAAGUGUCAACAGAGCAAGAGUCAGACUCCAGUUACUCAAACAGGAGUUCAAGAGAAGGAUAUGGGUCAUCCAGGUCUGAGCGAUCACAUAGGACCAGGAACCACAGACAAGGGUCUGGCUCUACUGGGGGGGGAAGAAAUGAUUCCUCAUAUCAUGUAGGACAUGGGGAGGGCUCAAGAAGGAGCUAUCAUCGAUCAAGUUCAAGCCAUUCAGGGAGUAGUAGCGGAUCCAAAGCAAAUAAGCAGGUGGGGAGGAGACAUAAAACAAGUAUUAGCCCCUCCAGAAAAUCUGGAGGAGAAGAAUAUGAAUAUGGCACUAACCACUCAGGUAGAGAGGAAAGACAUGGAUUCAGCAAUAGCCAGACAGGCAGAUUUGAGGCACCAGAAGAAGGGUUCAAAAGAGGGAGAGACAGAGGACAAGGCCACAGCUCUAGAUCACAUCAUUCUUCUAGCUAUGAGUCAGAGCAGUCAUCUACCUAUCAGCAACACCAACCUAACUCUAGCCAUUCCUCUAAUUAUGGACAAGGUGGAUCAAGUUCAGACCACUACUCAAGCCAAGGACAACAUGGUUCUGACUCAGAGCAGUACUCCAAUUAUGGACAAAAUCAGUCAAGCUCAGGACAGUCCUCAGGCCAUGGGCACUGUGAAUGUGGGUCAAGUCAGUCUUCCAGCCAUGGACAAUAUGAGACAGGCUCGGGGCAAUCCUCUAACUUUGGGUCUGGUUCAGGUCAAUCUUCCAGGCAAAGACGACAUGGUUCUAGCUCAAAUAGUCAGUCAGAAAGUUGGGGAGGACACAGACAAAGUUCAAGUUCAAAUCAGUCCUCCAGCCAUAGGAGACAUGGGUCAGGAUCAGGUCAAUCCUCUAGUUAUGGACAACAUGGGUCAAGGUCUGGUCAGUCCUCCCACUAUAGUCAUGGAUCAGGCUCAGGUCAGUCUUCUGGCUAUGGUCAACAUGAAUCAGGCUCAGGUGAGUCCUCUAGCUAUGGACAACAUGGAUCUAGCUCAGGGCAGUCUUCUGGCUAUGGCCAUGGGUCAGGGGGUCAGUCUUCCAGCUAUGGCCAUCAUGGAUCUGGUUCAGGUCCAUCUUCUGGCUAUGGCCAUGGGUCAGGGCCAGGUCAAUCUUCUAACUAUGGACACCAUGAAUCUGGCUCCAGCAGUCACUCAGAAUGUUGUGGAGGAUCAGGACAUUACUCUAGUUCACAUCAGUCUUCUGGCUAUAGUCACCAUGGAUCAGGCUCAGGUCAGUCCUCUGGGUAUGGCCAACAUGGAUCUAGCUCAGGUCAGUCCUCUGGCUAUGGCCACCAUGGAUCAGGCUCAGGUCAGUCCUCCAGUUAUGGCCAACAUGGAUCUAGCUCAGGUCAGUCCUCUGGCUAUGGCCAACAUGGAUCUAGCUCAGGUCAGUCCUCUGGCUAUGGCCAACAUGGGACAGGCUCAGGACAGUCCUCUGGCUAUGGCCAACAUGGAUCUAGCUCAGGUCAGUCCUCCGGCUAUGGCCAACAUGGAUCUAGCUCAGGUCAGUCCUCCGGCUAUGGCCAACAUGGAUCUAGCUCAGGUCAGUCCUCUGGCUAUGGCCAACAUGGAUCUAGUUCAGGUCAGUCCUCUGGCUAUGGCCAACAUGGAUCUAGCUCAGGUCAGUCCUCUGGCUAUGGCCAACAUGGAUCUAGUUCAGGUCAGUCCUCUGGCUAUGGCCAACAUGGAUCUAGUUCAGGUCAGUCCUCCAGCUACGGCCAACAUGGAUCUAGCUCAGGUCAGUCCUCUGGGUAUGGCCAACAUGGAUCUAGUUCAGGUCAGUCCUCUGGCUAUGGCCAACAUGGAUCUAGUUCAGGUCAGUCCUCUGGCUAUGGCCAACAUGGAUCUAGCUCAGGUCAGUCCUCUGGCUAUGGCCAACAUGGAUCUAGUUCAGGUCAGUCCUCCAGCUGUGGCCAACAUGGAUCUAGUUCAGGUCAGUCCUCUGGGUAUGGCCAACAUGGAUCUAGCUCAGGACAGUCCUCUGGCUAUGGCCAACAUGGAUCUAGCUCAGGUCAGUCCUCUGGCUAUGGCCAACAUGAGUCAGGCUCAGGUCAAUCUUCCAGCUAUGGCCAACAUGGAUCUAGUUCAGGUCAGUCCUCUGGCUAUGGCCAACAUGGGUCAGGUUCCAGUGGUCAUUCAGAGAAUUGUGGACAACAAAGCUAUAAUUCAAGUUCACAUCAGUCUUCUAGCUGUGGUCAAUCUGGGUCUAAGUAUGGUCAGUCCUCUAGUGGUGGAUCUGGCUCUAGUCAAUCCUCCAGCCAGAGAAGAUAUAGAUAUAGUUCAGGUGGCCAAUCCGAGAGAGGUGGACGACAAGGACAUAGUUCAAGUUCACAUCGGUCCUCUAGCUGUGGAGGAUCUGGGUCCAGGUAUGGUCAGUCCUCUGGUGGUGGAUAUGGCUCUAGUCAAUCCUCUAGCCAGAGAAGAUAUAGAUACAAUUCAGGUGGUCAGUCUCAGAGGUGUGGACGACAAGAGCGUAGUUCAAGUUCACAUCGGUCCUCUAGCUAUGGACGACAUAGAUCUUGCUCUGGUGAAUCAUCUAACUCUGCACAACAUGGGUCUGGUUCAAGACAGUCAUCUAGUCAGAGACAGCAUGGAUCCAGCUCAAGUGGUCAGUCAGGAAGUUGUGGACAGCAAAGACGUGGUUCAAGUUCACGUCAGUCCUCCAGCUAUGGACAAUGCCAGUCUGGCUCAGGUCAGUCCUCUAAUUAUGGGCAACAAGGGUCCAGCUAUGGUCAGUCUUCUAGCUGUGGAUCUGGCUCAGGUGAUCAGUCAGUAAGUUGUGGAGAACAAGGACAGUACUCUAACUAUGGACAGUGUAGUUCUGGUUCAGGACUGCCUUCCAGUUAUGGAUCUGGAUCAGGCCAGUCAACGUGCCAGAGUUCAGGCAGUCAGUCGGGAAACUGUGGAGAACAAUACUAUUCAAAUUCACAACAGUCCUCUAGUUACGGACAAUGUGGGUCUGUAUGUGAUCAGUACUCUGACUAUCCACAAUAUGGGUGUCAAUCUUCUAGCUCUGGAACUUAUGGUUCAGGUUCAGCUCAGUACUGUAGUUCUGGAAGUCAUGGAUCCAGUGUGGGCGGACAGACAUGUAGUUCAGGGAGACAAAGAUGUAAUUCAAAUGGUAGCUGUGGGGAGUUUGGGAGAAAAACAGUUGGCUCAACAUUCAUGCUGUAUGAGGACAGCAAUAAUGAGUCAUCAGGGAAUAGAAAUAAUGAAAGUAAGACAGUGUGCAGCCUCUCUAGCCAAGAUGGAGUUGGUUCUCAGAGAGCAGGAGGAAAUUAUGGAAGGGUGAGAACAUACUCAGGUUCCCAAUACCCCUGUAGCAUCACUCCUCUCUAUGAGUAUUGCCAAGAGCAAAGAUUUCAUUACUACAAGUGAAAAGGUAGCUGAAUGUUAAAUAAUUGAAAUAAUAGAAAAAGAGGAAAGAAACAUUUAUACUAUGACCAGGCCAUUUACUGUGGCGUUCAGUUCUGGGAACAGGGCAAACUGCCUUUGUCCUUUUCAUUUAAACCUAGAUGUCAACUCUAUGCCUUCUAUCUGGUGGUAGUUUCUUAAAACAGUUCCACUUAGUGGUGUAGGGUAUUUAGCUCCUUGGUUAAGAAACAGUAAUUAGACAGAGUCCAUGGAGUGUAACACUAAAUAUGGGGCAAUAUGCAUUUGGGGUCAAUACAAUUUGGGAGCUUGGGAAUUUUUUUUUAAUCUGAAAAGCUUGAUUAGGGUGGGAGUGGGAGAAGGGAUGCUCAUGGAUUGUUCAAUUUACUGAUGUAAAAGUUUAUUAUUACUCCUUUCCAAGGAGUUAAGAAGCAAGAUUGUCUAACUCCUAAUUGACUAGAUUAUCAGUUUUCAAGGCCAAAGCCACUGUGGCAGGGUUGUGUAUUUGGCUUCAGAUUCAUGCUAUGCAAAAGUUGGCAGGGAAUAGGAAAAUUUUAAGGACAGAAAUUCAAUCUCAGAAAUUUCUUUUCAAUGUUAUCCAACAUUGAUUCUGAGGAACUUCUUUAUUAAGUAAGCUAAAAAUCAACAUGAGAAAUUGCCAUCAUGUCCUUUUUCCCUAGCCAGUAGAGGAGAUCUUUGAAUCUCAUUGAAAAAUGAAAGCUGACAACAUUUUGUUCAAAAGGCAAACAUCUUGGGCUUUAAUUGCAGCUAAACAUCUGUCUGCAUAGAAAUUAUUCUAGCCUAGUAAAAAAUAUAGGCAAGAUAGCCACUUACACAACCUUUCCACUCUGGAGAAUGUUAACUAUAAGGAAAAGGGGACAGAAAAUGUAUGUUAACCAUAUGAUAUUUUUGAUCAACUAUAAUACCCAAAAUUAUUGCUGUUCCUUUGAGGGCAUUUGGUAAAAUCUAAAAGCUGGAUUUCGUGAAAACUGAUAAUAAACUAUUGUUUAUCAAGUA